AUGAGGAAUCUCUCCAUAGUGACUCAGUUUAUCUUGCUCGGCAUCCCAAACACAGAGGGCCUGGAAACCAUGCUCUUUGUCCUGUUUUUAUCUUUUUACAUCUUCACCCUGAUGGGAAACAUAUUGAUCUUACUGGCGAUUGUCUCCUCCAGUCGGCUUCAUACGCCCUUGUACUUCUUCCUAUGUAAGCUAUCUAUUUUUGACAUAUUCUUCCCUUCUGUGAGCUCUCCCAAGAUGCUGUUCUACCUCUCAGGUCACAGCCGAGCCAUCUCCUAUGCAGGCUGUGUGUGCCAGCUCUUCUUCUACCAUUUCCUGGGUUGUACUGAAUGUUUCCUGUACACAGUGAUGGCCUAUGACCGCUUUGUUGCCAUAUGCUAUCCUCUACGUUACUCAGUAAUUAUGAGCCACAGAGUAUGUGCCAUCCUGGCCACGGGGACAUCUUUUUUUGGCUGUAUUCAGGCUACCUUUCUAACUACACUCACAUUCCAGUUGCCCUACUGUGGCCCUAAUGAGGUGGACUACUACUUCUGUGACAUCCCUGUGAUGCUAAAGCUGGCUUGUGCAGACACAUCAGUUCUGGAGAUGGUGGGGUUCAUCAGCGUGGGCCUGAUGCCUCUCAGCUGCUUCUUUCUCAUUCUCACCUCCUAUAGUUGCAUCAUAUGUUCUAUUCUGCAGAUCCGCUCUGCUGAGGGCCGGCGUGGGGCCUUCUCCACCUGCAGUGCCCACCUCACUGCCAUCUUGUUUUUCUACAUGCCAGUGGUCCUCAUUUAUUUAAGGCCAACCCCAAGCCCUUGGCUGGAUGCAACUGUUCAGGUCUUAAAUAAUCUGGUCACCCCUAUGCUGAACCCAUUGAUCUAUAGUCUCAGGAAUAAAGAGGUGAAAUUGUCACUGUGGAAGAUCCUAUAUAACCCUGGUUUCCUUCCUGAGAAGUUGUAA